AUGUCCCAGUGCUGGUGCAGGCAGGGCCUGCUCGGUUUGGAGCUGGGCAUUCUGAUGGUGGUCCUGGUGGCCGGCAGUGCAGGACAGGUCCAUGACAGGAGGGAAGCAGGGUCGUCUUGCUAUGGAGGAUUUGACCUCUACUUUGUUUUGGACAAGUCUGGCAGUGUGCAGCAUUACUGGAAUGAGAUAUAUUACUUUGUUGACCACCUGGCGCACAAGUUUAUCAGUCCUCAGCUGCGGAUGUCUUUUAUUGUGUUUUCAACAGAAGGAAGGACUCUCAUGGCACUAACAGAAGACAGAGAGAUGAUUCGUGCGGGACUGGAGGAGCUACGCAUGGUGCAGCCGGGCGGAGACACCUACAUGCACAGAGGUUUUCAAAGAGCCAGUGAGCAAAUAUAUUACGGGACUGGAGAUGGUUACCGGACAGCCAGUGUCAUCAUUGCCCUGACAGAUGGUGAACUGAGAGAAAAUCAGUUUGACUUGGCACAAAGAGAGGCCAGCAGAGCACGCCAGUUGGGUGCCACUGUGUACUGUGUGGGAGUAAAAGACUUCAAUGAAACCCAGCUUUCAACGAUAGCUGACAGUAAGGACCACGUCUUCCCUGUGAAUGAUGGGUUUCAGGCACUACAAGGCGUCAUUGACUCGAUCCUGAAGAGAUCAUGCAUUGAGAUCCUGGCAGUGGAGCCGUCCAGCAUCUGUGAAGGAGAAUCCUUCCAGGUUGUAGUCAAAGGAAAUGGUUUCCUUCACGCCCGAGACGUACAGAAAGUUCUCUGCAGCUUCCGCAUCAACGACACAGUUACUUUGAUGAAAAGACCUUUGGUGGUGAGGGAUACCUACCUUUUGUGCCCAGCUCCUGUUCUGGAAAAAGAGGGAACCUCUGCCACUCUCCAUGUCAGCAUGAAUAACGGCCUGAGCUUCAUAUCCAGCUCUGUGACAAUAACUGCAGUCACUUGUUCUGAUGGGACCUUUGUGGCCAUAGCUCUGCUCAUCCUGCUGCUCCUGCUCACCAUCCUUCUUCUGUGGUGGUUUUGGCCUCUCUGCUGCACUGUGGUCAUUCACGAGCCGCCUCCUCCAGUAAUAGAGGACAUCUCUGAUGAUGAGGAUGGUUUUCCCAAGAAGAGGUGGCCCACUGUGGAUGCCUCGUACUACGGAGGACGUGGAGUCGGAGGCAUCAAGAGAAUGGAGGUCCGCUGGGGAGAUAAAGGUUCCACUGAAGAAGGUGCCAAACUGGAAAAGGCUAAAAAUGCUCGAGUUGUGAUGCCUGAACAGGAGUUUGAUUUUCCUCCACCAAGGCCUUACUACAACAUGCACAAAUCUCACCGCCCCCAGAAGUGGUAUUCUCCCAUCAAGGGCAAGCUGGACGCUCUGUGUGUGUUCCUGAGAAAAGGCUAUGACAGAGUGUCUGUGAUGAGACCUCAUCCUGGAGACAAGGGCAGGUGCAUAAACUUCACCCGAAGCAAAUCCUACCCUGCUCCUCGCUACCCCAUCUACAACCAUCCGUCCACGCCGGUCUACACUUUGCCCCACACUUACCAGCGUCGUCCAUCAGAGGGCAGCCCCCUCUUCAAUUUGCCCCCCUCGCCAACCUCAACGCUCCCCCCUCUGCCGUCCACUCCUCCCCCGUCCUCCACCACCCCUCCCAUGUACACACCACCUCCAAACAGAGCCCUGCCCCCGGCCAACAUGAGCCCCGUCUCUGUACCCCCGUCUCCAACCGGCUCUCUGCCGCCUCCACCUCAGGGGCCACCUCCUUGUAGAGCGCCUCCUCCGUCACGCCCUCCUCCACGCCCCAAUCAUGAGAGCCACUGAUGAUGAUGGAGAGCUAAGAAGCUGAGGAGCAGGAUCCAAGCUCAGGAUGGAAACCUGAAAAGACCUUUUCACUGUGCCUUCCUCUAAAUACGUCCAAACAGAGAACAGAAUU